GUGACGAGCCGCCAGUGUGUGUGAGUGCGCUAAACACUUGGGUUUCAUAUGCACGUUUAAAUAACUGGAGCAGAUUAACGCUGUCGGGGAGAAAGACACACACACACCCAUCCAUACAACGAGACACGCCAAUAAGGCAGAAAUGGGGCAAGCCAUAGAAACGUAGCGUUGUGUAGACAACCUCCUUUGACUGUGUGGCCAGCUACACUUCAUUGCAUUGUGUUCUUUCCGCUUCUUUCCGCACAGCCUAAAUAUACGGGCACUUGGUUUGCGGAGAAACGGCGGGGUUUGGCGAGCCACGGGCGGUGCUGAGGAUUGUGAGCAGCCGGUCGAGGUUUUGUGCAGCCGGGAGAAUCGGAAGUCGGACCAAUCGAUUGCACUAAUCGGCGGUGGCGAGCGGCACGGACCUGAGAACGGAGCAUGUCUUCUUCCAAAGAAAGACAGAGGGCUAGGCUGACCAAGGAGAGCGUUACCCUGCUGCCCUGCUUUUAUUUCGUGGAGCUGCCUAUACUGGCCUCCUCAAUUGUCAGUCUAUAUUUCCUGGAGCUUACUGAUGUCUUCAAGCCAGUUCGCUCGGGCUUCAGCUGCCAUGACAGGACACUCAGCAUGCCGUACAUUGAACCCUCGCAGGAAAUCAUCCCCUUCCUAAUGUUGCUUAGCUUGGCAUUUGCUGGACCUGCAGCCAUGAUUAUGGUGGGUGAAGGUAUUCUUUACUGUUGUCUGACCAAAAGAAGAAAUGGAAUAGCACCUGAAGCGAACAUUAACGCUGGAGGCUGCAACUUCAACUCGUUCCUUCGACGUGCUGUGAGAUUUGUUGGAGUUCAUGUAUUUGGCCUUUGUGCCACUGCUCUCAUCACCGACAUUAUUCAGCUAUCAACAGGGUACCAUGCCCCAUAUUUUCUUACAGUGUGUAAGCCUAAUUAUACAUCGCUAAAUACCACCUGUGAAGAAAAUCCAUAUGUUGUGGAAGACAUCUGCACAGGACCUGAUCCUUCUAUCAUUAACGCUGGCAGAAAGUCCUUUCCAUCACAGCACGCCACACUUGCAGCCUUUGCAGCUGUGUACAUUUCCAUGUAUUUUAAUGCUACGCUGACUGACUCUUCCAAGCUCCUGAAGCCACUCCUGGUCUUCACAUUCAUCAUAUGUGCAGUGAUCUCUGGUUUAACACGCAUCAUCCAGUACAAGAAUCACCCGAUAGAUGUUUACUGUGGAUUCAUGAUCGGAGGAGGAAUCGCUGUCUAUUUGGGUCUCUAUGCUGUAAGCAACUUCCAGCCGAGUGAUGAUGGCUUAGCCCACCAAACCCCUCACAGAGAACCGCUGAGAUCGCUGACAGAACUCAGCCAGGAGAGCAGUAGACAACUCCAAGGAAAAGCACCCAGUAGCAUUGAUGGACUUUCAUCACACCACUCUGAAAGUAUUCUGAAUCGGAACCACAGGGAAUCCAGCUCCCUUACCAACCUGAAGAGGACAAGCGCGGAUGUCGAGAUCAUAACUCCUCGCAGUCCGAUGGCCAAGGAGAACAUGGUGACCUUCAGCAACACGCUGCCCCGCGUCAACACGUCGUCAAUGGACGAGACGGCAAGAAGGAAUGCAUCCAUUCACGCAUCUAUGGACUCGGCCCGCUCCAAGCAGCUCCUGUCACAGUGGAAGUCCAAGAACGAAAGUCGCAAACUGUCCCUGCAGGUCAUGGAGACGGAGACCGGUCACUCGCCACCAAAGUGCAUGGAGAUGCGAUCAAGUUCGGAGCCUGUGGGAGUCGGUCUCAAUGGAGACGCACAGUCCCAACUCAGCCAGUACUUGAAAAUCCAAGCCGGUACCAUCCCGGGCAACAACAGCACCAGCAGCAUUGGCGGAGGAGUAAGAGUCUGCAUGCAGUCGCGGCCCGGCUCCUCACAACUCGUCCACAUACCCGAAGAGACACACGAGUGCAUCAGCGCGUCUCCCAAAGCCAGCUCAGCCCGGUCAAAGUGGCUGAAGGUAGCUGAGAAGAGCGGAGUCGGCAGGGCAAGCAGCACCCAGCCAAGAAUUAUGCAGGUCAUUGCCAUGUCCAAGCAGCAGGGCAUGUUACACGGCAGUCCGAAAAGUACCGACGGCAGUACCGUGAGCUGCACGGGAUCGAUUAGGUACAAAACCCUGACCGACCAUGAGCCCACUAAUAUUGUCAGGGUGGAAGCUCACCCAGAGAACAACAGACCCCUGGUGCAAGUGCCGUCGGGCAGCGAGGAGAGUGGGUCGUGGAAAUGGAAAGCCGGCGAGAAGGGGAGCCUCCGCCAAGCCUUCGAGUUGAAUGAUCUUAACAGGGACUCUGAAAGCAGCGAUCCGCUCAAAGAUAGCUAUGCUUCGUCUGACAGAAGGAAAACCAUCCCAGACGGCGGCGACCACCAUCACCAUGGGAUCACCACCAUCAGGGUAACACCGGUGGAAGGAAGCGAGGCUCUAUCUGAAACGCACUCAGUGUCCUCCAGUAGGGACUCCACCCUAAGGCGGAAAGCCAACAUCAUUUUAAUACCUGAAAGAGGAAACAGCCCAGAGAGCACAAGGAAUAUCUUCUACAAGGGAACGUCACCCACCAGAGCAUAUAAAGAAUGAAUCGCCACCCUAGAAGCCCGCUGAAAGACAAUCCUGUCAAAAGAGAUGAAGAGUAUCUGUACUUUCCAAUAAUAAAUUCAGCCGUUUUAAUGUGCCAUUCAGCUGUAAAAUUAAUUGAAAUGUUGCUGAUAGUUAAACAUGUUUGCAUGAAUAAGAUAUUUUUACAUCCUAUUCAAAAGCACACUGGCAAAGCCUGAGCCUUGUGGAAAAAAAUGUAUUUGCUAUGUUGCUAUUUCGAUAAACUGUGAAUGCAUUUUCUCCCAUAUUCAACAUCAUUCGUAUAUAUUGAGCAAAUGAUAUAUUUUCAGUUAGCUUUUGCUGUACAGGCAUAUUCUGUAAUGGACAAUUUAGAGGUUCUCUCCUUACUACUGCUAUAGAUGGUACUUACAUAUUUAACUGUUCUGAUGAAUUUUUGUCACCUGCUACGUGUAAAAGUGUUAUUGGGAUUGCAAUGAUUACGUGGUCCACAGGAAGUUACAGUUUUUGUCCAGAAGCAUCUUCAAAGAGGUCAGUUAGAUAAAUAAACCAUGUAGCCUUUAUGGAAAUCACACACAAAAGUGUUUUCAAGUAUGUACAAAUAUACACCACAUAUUACAAAUAAUAGAUUUUUUCUCACGGAAUGUAAAAUGGACAGUAAUUGAUUACUGACAAUGAUUUAUAUCAUAGAUUUUUAUACUUAUUGUAGCCUUAGCAUAUUGAUACAUGCCUUUGAAGAAUAAAUGUUUUUCAAGUAAUUAUAGACCGCAUUUUUUUGUAAGCUUACAUAGCUAGUAUUUCAUAGCUAUUAAAAUAGAUAUAUAAAAUAUGCCUUUAAUCAUGUGGUACAGGCUUUGUACUAAGGUCUUUUUACAUUAAUUAAUGAAUAAAAGUGUCCAAUACAUCGACGACUGACUAACUUUUCGUCUCGCAAGUGGUGUCUAAGCCUAUACCGCCCUAUUUAUUUGCUACAGGAAAAUGUUUUGGUAUUUAUUACUAGAUCCAUAUUGAUACAGACAUGUGCGGCUUUCACUCGGUGCUUGUUGUUUUUGGAUACAGCUUAUAUAUAGGAAUUCAACAACCAGAAGCCUUCAGACAGAAGUUGAAAUAGUACGAUAUCAACAUUGUCCUUUAGUAUCUUUGUUAAACUUUUGUCAGAAUAAUGAAUUUUUCUUAAGGAAUCAUCACCUUUCAAAUAUCCAACGGCUUGAAUGAUUCCAGUGGUUAAAGUGGAAACUUUCUUCCUAUUGGCGUUAUGAUAUAGUUGUGUUUUAUUACAGUUGUUAUUUACAAUGAAUAGAGAAAGCGUACUGUUCCUGGUACUGUAGGAGUGGUUGUAAUACUUUGGACAACGAGAAAAAAUUCCAAGCAAAUGCAUGUAUUUUUAUUACAGUAGCACCUGUAAAAAUUAAACUUUAUUUUCAUUUCAACCAGUAAGUUAAUUAUUUAUUAUGGAAUUAUUUAACAAGUGAUUUUUUUUGUGUCAUUGCAUAUAAUAAAUUACUAGUUGGUACAAACUGUGAUACUAUGAUGAAGGUUGGUUAUUUGCCCAGUAAAAUUAUAUUUAAGUGGUUUAUAUGUUUAAAAGAAAACCAUCUAGCCAAGAUAUUCACAGAUGUAUAUAGUUGCAUAUGUGUUUAGAAAGUUCUGUUAACUUUUUUUUCCAUGAAGUGUUUUAAAAUGGGCACUAGCUCAGUAAAUGAACACAACACCUAACUUUGUGCAAGUUCCUAAGUUGUGCUAUACAAGAGUCUUGUGGAAAUUGACCAAGGUUGAGGCUGAUUUCUGUUAAAAAGUAAACCGGUGGCGCUAUUAUCAUGUAUGAGAUUUCAGCCACACUUUAUCUUUCAAGAAGUAUGUUGCUUAUUUACAAAAUAAAUGUUUCUUAAUUGAA